UGUAUUAGAUCAGGCACAUUAUAACAAUGGAAAGAAUAUUGCGAGGUAUUAUGAGAUACCGAGUGCUUGACAGAGCGAGCAUGGUAAAACAAUUUCAAGAAGUACGAGAUAAUCCAGUGCCUAAAGCAAUUUUUUACACAUGCAUGGACAGCAGAAUGAUUCCCACAAGAUUUACCGAAACCAGUGUCGGCGACAUGUUUGUAGUGCGAAAUGCUGGAAAUCUUAUUCCGCAUUCUGAACAUUUUGUAGAUGAAAUGACAAGCUGUGAACCAGCAGGAUUAGAGCUAAGCUGCAUCGUAAAUGAUAUAAGGCAUGUUAUAGUUUGCGGGCAUAGUGACUGCAAAGCAAUGAAUCUUUUAUAUAAACUUAAAAGUAAAGAAGAAUCUAAUAUUGAACAGCGAAGGAUAUCUCCCCUCAAGUCAUGGCUAUGUACACACGGCAAAACCAGCCUCAAUAAAUUUCUACAAAUGAAUGGUGACUUUGCGAAGCCGAUGUUAUUCACAGCUGAAACUCCACAACGAAAAUUCGUUGCCUAUAUUGACCCAGAAAAUAAAUUUUGUAUUGAAGAUAAACUAUCACAGGUCAAUACUCUACAACAGUUACAAAAUGUUGCUUCAUACGGCAUGUUGAAGAAACGAUUAGAGAAGCAUGAUUUACACAUCCAUGCACUUUGGUUUGAUAUAUACACUGGAGAUAUUUUUUACUUCAGCAGACGAGCUAAAAGGUUUAUUAUAAUAGAUGAAUCGACAUAUGAAUGUAUUUUGGCUGAAAUCCGACGAUAUUAUUCUUAGUGUGGUUAAUCGUUAACAAACUUUACCACUUAGGUCUAACGCUAAACUUAAUACAUAUAUAAAUAUAAUGUUCAUUAUGUAUACAUUCAUUAAGAAAUAUGAUGGUAUACUACAUAAUAGUGAUGCACUGCUUAACACCACUUUGUGUCAUGGUGUUAAAACAAAACAUUUAAAAUCCAAAAUGGGACCAAAAUUUAAACUGCUUCAUACAUGGUGUGAGUAAUUGCUAUCUUAGUAACAAUUUGCUAUUUACUUGAAAAUUUAAAUGUAUUAUUUAACCUACAUUAAAGUACGGUCUAUCUCAAUCCCGAUCUGAUCAACAAAGUAAAUAAUAAAACGCAUAUUAUAUCAUAUGUACCUACCAAUUAAAUAGAAAUCGUUAUAUAAAGUGUAAAUCAUAAUAUACAUAAUUUUUAUACACAUUUUGUAAAUAUGUUUAAAUGUGCCUACCGAAGCAAAUAUAAUCG